AUGAAGCUCGACUUGACCCCCAAUUGCUUCCAUCGCCGGAUUAGUCAUCCUGGAAUUGGCAAUUGGGUUGCCGAGAAGAGCAUGGCUGCCGAAGCUGCGAUCGCUACGGCGUUGUCUGGUCUUGACAGGUAUCGUGUCGAUUCCUCCAUCCAGACUUGA